AAACAAUCUGCUGUCAAACACAUGCUCGUAAAACAUGCCUGAAACUUGUUGUUGUGUGCCGAAUUGUAGUAAUCGGGGUGGCCAUAUAUUUCCAACAGACCCGUUAAGAAGAAAAGCAUGGAUACACGCAAUAAAACGUGGUGAAACUCGUUUUCAAAGCUGGACUCCGUCAACUCAUGCUGUUGUUUGCAGAGCACAUUUUAAAUCAGACGACUAUUUGACUGAAACCCAGCAUGGAACUACUCCUUUAAGUAAAAGAUUGAAGAAAACUGCAGUGCCAAGCAUUUUUCCCUGGGUAGAGCCAAGUCCACAUUCACAUGAACGAGCCGACAGAGCCAAGUCCAGAGGCAUCAAACGAAAACUAGCAGAAGAAUUUUCUGCUUCGUCUUCCAUAGAUGAAUUCAUCUAUACAUCAGCUGAUGAUCUGCAAGUAUCCGAGGAAAUUGUAUCUAACUCUACCCAAAUUUUGGCUGAAGAAAUUCAAGUCACUGUUCAGAAAUCUGACGUUAAAUUUUUUGAUGUACAGACACAAACUCCUCGGUAUCCCCCAAUGAGUAUUGAAAACUUUACAAAUGAUGAUGCCGGAGUAAAUUUCUAUACUGGAUUGGAAACUCUAACUAAAUUUUAUUUUGUUUUAAGAACCUUAGGACCCGCAGCUCACUGUUUGAAUUAUAUUUAUCAUAAGGUUUCAAACAUAAGUGUUCCUGACCAAUUUUUCUUAGUCCUCUGCAAGUUACGGCGCCAUACGACCAAUUUUGAACUUUCAAGAUUAUUUGGAGUUUCCGAAAAGACUGUAUCAAAUAUAUUUUUUACAUGGAUUUUAUUCAUGAGUAAGCAAUGGCAGGAAAUCGACAUUUGGCCUACAAAGUAUCUUGUAAAAUAUUACUGUCCAUCAGAUUUUAAAACAAAAUUUCCAAAUACUAGAGUGAUAAUAGAUGGCACAGAGUGUCCUAUUAAAAGACCAAAGUUACCAAAGCCACAGCAAGCAACGUAUUCUACCUUUAAAAACCGUAACACGGUAAAAGUUCUUGUAGGAGCGACACCAGGUGGAUUAACAUCUUAUGGGAAAAGAGUACCAAUUAUUUUCCCAUAG